GCGGCAAGGGGGCGGUGCUUCCGGCCGGCGGAGGUGGGGCCUGCACCACGCGGUGGGCGGUACUUAGACAGAGACCCCUUUCUCCGGAUUGUGUCCGGGACCCCAAACCCGGGUCGUGAUCCCCCUCCGGCCCGCAGUAUGGCCCGGCACGUAUUCCUGACGGGUCCCCCAGGAAUUGGAAAGACAACUCUGAUCCAGAAAGCCAGUGAGGUUCUGAAGUCCUCCGGCGUGCCGGUCGACGGGUUCUACACGGAAGAGGUCCGGCAGGGCGGGAGAAGAGUGGGGUUCGACGUUGUCACGCUAUCCGGGCUGCGGGGGCCUUUGUCCAGAGUUGGGUCAGAGCCUCCGCCGGGCAGACGGGAGUGCCGAGUCGGGCAGUACGUGGUGGAUCUGCCGGCCUUUGAGCAGCUGGCGCUCCCGGUCCUGAGGAAUGUGGGUUCCGGUGGCGGCCCAGGCUGCAGAGUGUGCGUCAUCGACGAGGUUGGGAAGAUGGAGCUCUUCAGUCAGCCCUUCAUCCAGGCAGUUCGCCAGACGCUGUCCGCCCCGGGCACCGUGGUCCUCGGCACCAUCCCCGUCCCCAAAGGGAAGCCGCUGGCCCUGGUGGAGGAGAUCCGGAGCAGAGCCGACGUGCGGGUGUUCAGUGUCACCAAGGAGAACAGGAACCACCUCCUGCCGGACAUCGUGACGUGUGUGCAGAGCGGCCGGCAGUGAAGGUGAUCGGGUCGCCGCGCCCCUGCACGUGAGGGAACAUGCCGCCCCAGAGUGUCCCAGAGCGGCCUGCUGGGGGCCGCCUGCAGAGGGUCAUGCCCUCCGGUCUCUGAAGCCGUGUGGCCUCGGCGAGCAAGCCUGACAGCUGCUUUCCGUGAAGUGUUUAAAAGAGCGAAUCAGCCGUGAGGCUGGAUCGACUGUAUGAGACUAAUCAUCCAUCAUGGCUUAUAUAUGCCGAGAGUUUUCUGUUUAUUUCUGCUUGCAGUUGUGCGUGUGGUUUGGGUAAAUCAUGAAAUGAGACAUGGCUCUCGGGCACCAGAUGGGGCUCGCCCCCGUGGAAGUCUGCGAAUGUGUUGGGGGCGGGGGAGCUCCCGGCCUCAUCAGCUCUGCGGGCUGUGAGCAGCGGGUCCCUCCCCGGGUGCCCUGCCCAGGUGCCCUGCCGCCCCGUGCAGCGGGAAGUGAUAACAGUUGUUUGAUUUCUGAAAAUUAUUGUUUCAAAAGAAAACGAUUUCAGCCGCCCCCAUCCCUUACUGUUUAUUUGUCUGCUCGUUACUUAAUAAAAUAAAGAUGAAGGUGAUGGUUGGA